GCCUCUCGCGAGAGCUGGCGCCGGCGCCAUCUUGGUGCGGCGGCGGGCUGCGGUCACCGGGACGCGGAGGGUCGUUGGUAUCGCGGCGGCCCCGCGAUGCUUUCCCGCCUCGUCCUCCGCGCCGCCCCGGCCGCGCUGAGGAGCCUGCCGCCUGCCCUCCCGGCUGGUAUAUUGCAUAGUAAAAGAGCACUUCACGCAAGUCAUGAACGCUUGGCCCCUCUUCCACCCCUGCCUGAGAAAGGAGGAGAAGUACGUUAUGGUUUGAUCCCAGAGGAGUUUUUCCAGUUUCUUUACCCUAAAACAGGAGUCACAGGACCUUAUAUGCUGGGAACUGGACUCCUGCUUUACUUUCUCUCUAAAGAAAUCUAUGUAGUUAACCAUGAGACUGUUGCAGCUGCCUGCAUAUUGUCAGUCUUGAUUUAUGGUAUUAAAAAAUAUGGCUCUGAUGUAGCAGCUUUUGCAGACAAACUUAAUGAGGAGAAAGUUGCUACAGCUUUAACCGUGAAGAAUGAUGCAAUUAAAGAUCUUGAGACUGCAAUUGAACAGGAGAAGAAGGAACAGUGGAGGGUUGAAGGCCGUAGUUAUCUCUUUGAUGCCAAGCGGAAUAAUAUUGCAAUGUUGCUGGAAGCUAACUACCGAGAAAGACUGCUGACAGUGUACAAUGAAGUAAAGAAAAGGUUGGACUAUCAAGUGGCGAUGCAGCAUUUGAAGCGUCAGAAAGAACAAGAUCACAUGAUUCAAUGGGUAGAGAAAAAUGUUGUUCGGAGCAUCACACCUCAGCAGCAGAAGGAGAGUAUUGCAAAGUGCAUUUUAGACCUGAAAGCAUUGUCGAAGAGUGCACAGAUGACGGUGUAACCAUGCUGCAUCUGGUUCCAGAGUUGUCUUCUAUGACUUAUUGUUGGAAACUGUAUGAUUCUAAUGCUUAAUUAAAAAACUCUACUCUCCUUGA